AUGCCACCGAUACCGCUAGACAAGAGGGCCAAGGAAGGCUAUCUUCCUUUGACUGCCACAGACGCUGGACCAGGGCCCAAGCUGUCGCUCAAGCUUCGCGCAAAGCUGGCGUUGUGCUCAGCAGCUCUCUCUCUGUUCAUCUUUGUUUCUCUCAGCUCCUGGUCCGUACCUGAAGCAGUAUAUGCGGUAUGGCAGCAGAACAUGGAUAUACGAUGCGACGAGACCACCUUGUCAAACUCGCGCUGUCAGAACUCGCGUAUGUAUGCCGAGCAACUCCUGUCAAAGCAUCCACUCAUCGACGGACACGUCGAUGUUCCCGCCCUAGCACGCUACUUCUACUACAACAAGCUUGACGAAAUUCCUUUUGACCAGCCGGCCUUCGCUAAUGGUAGCUAUCCUACCAAGGGUCACGUCGACAUCCCAAGGCUCCGAGCAGGCAAGAGUGGUGGAUUCUUCUGGUCAGCCUUCGUCGAGUGCCCCGAUUCAGCCGCUGUUGGAAAGGACUUUGAACAUGCUGGAUCCCAACCUGCUGUCCGCAACACAGUAGAGCAGCUCGACGUGAUCAAACAGAUGAUUGACAAGUAUCACAAGGACUUCCGUCUCGUUUCGGACGUCAAGUCCGCUCGCAAAGCCUUCAAGGAUGGCAAGUUGAUCAGCUUCAUCGGAAUCGAAGGAGGACACUCACUCGGCAACUCUCUCUUUGCCUUGAGAGCGUUCGCAUCAAUGUUCAGCACAUCGUUCGGCCCAGUGCGAUACUUGACCUUGACCCAUACAUGCCACAACGCCUUCGCUGACAGUGCUGGCGAGCACCCACCUCGAUGGAACGGUCUCAGCCCCUUUGCUCGUCAUCUCGUCUUCGAGCUCAACCGUCUCGCUAUCGUUCCCGACAUCUCACACGUUUCGGAUGAUGCAGCUCUCCAAACCAUCGACAUGACACGAGGCCCCGUCAUGCUGUCUCACUCUUCAGCUAGAGCCCUCAAGGACAUCGAAAGAAACGUGCCUGAUUCAGUGCUCAAUAAACUCGCAGCUUCAAAGAAAGAUCACGUAGUUAUGAUCAACGUCUAUCCUGGCUUCAUUGGCGGGACUGAAGAUCUGGACCAGGUAGUCAAGCACGUAGAACACGUCAGCAGCAUUGUUGGAAGGGGUCACGUUGGCGUUGGUACCGAUUUUGAUGGGAUCAUGUCGGUUCCUAAGGGCUUGGAGGAUGUGAGUCACUAUCCUGACCUUGUAGCCAAGCUUGUUGAGAAAGGAUGGACCGAUCGAGAGCUUAAUGGAUUCGUCGGAGAGAACGUGCUCCGUGUCCUUGCCGAUGCGGAGAGGGUUGCCUUGAAGAUGAGGAAGGAUGGAGCACAACCGGACAACACAAGCUGGAACGAUGUUUUCCGUUUGUCGACAGACGGAGCCUGA